GCUACUGCUGAGCCUGCGACGUUACGGUGGAUGAGAAAAAGAGAAUAAUCUCCCCCAAAUGGACGCACAGUUUGGAGAGGAAACAAAUAAAGAGCUGAGGUCCUGAGAGAGCAUGAAGACAAGCUGUGACUCCCCUCACUGCAGCCCAAAAAGAUAUGGCAUAACCCGUGUGACCUGCUAAUCAACCAUGAUAGCCCUAAAGCUGUGACUGGCAUUAUAAACCCUUUCUUCUAUACCCUACACAGACCCUCCUCCUCCUCCUCUGCCACAGUCCUUCCCAGACACCUUUGCUACUUUCUUUUCUCCAACAAACACACCCUUCCUUUGUGCCUGCCCCUGCAUUUGUCCUCCUGAUUAGAAUAAAAUCCCCUCUUUCAUCUUCAUCAUGCAGAGUCUUUCCACCACUUCGGGUUUCAUUGUUAUUCUCUCCUCACUCCUAAUUGCCACCCGCUUUCCCAGCGUGGUCAAUGGGGACUGCUGGCUCAUUGAAGGGGACAAAGGUUAUGUGUGGCUGGCUAUCUGCAGUCAGAACCAGCCACCUUACGAGACCAUUCCACAACACAUCAACAACACUGUCCAUGACUUGAGACUCAAUGAGAACAAGCUGAAAGCGGUGCACUUAAACUCAAUGUACCGCUUUACCAACCUCACAGACCUCAACCUCACCAAGAAUGAAAUCAGCUACAUCGAAGACGGCGCUUUUUCGGGACAAGCUAACCUCCAGGUUCUUCAACUGGGCUACAACAAGUUGACCAACCUAACAGAGGGUAUGAUGAGAGGGCUCGGCCGCAUGCAAUGUCUAUUCCUCCAGCACAACCUCAUUGAAGUUAUUGCCAGCAAUGCAUUAUGGGAGUGCCCCAGCCUUAGCAGCAUUGAUCUGUCGUCCAACAAACUUGCCCGCAUUGAUCCAUCGACCUUCACUGUUCUCAAUCGCCUAAUGGUUUGUGAACUGGCAGCAAAUCCGUUCCAUUGUGGCUGCGAUCUUUACAGCUUCCUAAUCUGGCUAGAAUCCUUUAACAACGUCACACACACCUAUGAUCGUCUCCAGUGUGAGACGCCUCGGGAGAUGUUUGGCUUUCCCCUACUGAGCCCCAUUCCUGCCGGUCACCCUGGUCGAAAUGCCAAAAACAUCUUGUACUCCCACUGCAGAGAUGGAGUGAUGAUUCAUGGAAUGACCUCCCUUCCACCAGACCUGGAUGGUCCAUCUGGAAUUGGUCCUGAGAUGUUUGGCGGUGUGGGACCUUACCACCAGCCAAACACCUCCACAUCCACAGAAAACAGCUUCAUUCCCAGCAUCAAGCUCCAUCAGGUCUCCUUGUCCUCGGCCUCUCUCUUUGUCCAGAUUCCGAAGCCCUUUAGCAAAAUGUAUAUACUAACCCAACACAACCACACAUAUGUGUCUGAUGUUAUGACUCUGAAGAACAAGAAGGAAAUGAUCACCCUCAACAAGCUCAAACCGCACACCAAUUACACCUUCUGUGUGGCAUCCAUCCGUAACUCCCAACGAUAUAACCACACGUGCCUCCAAUUUUCCACGCGUUCUCAAAAUCCAAACAACAUACUCCCCACACCAUCAACCACGACACACUACAUAAUGACCAUUGUGGGUUGUCUGUUUGGGAUGCUCAUUGUUUUGGGCUUUGUCUAUUACUGUUUACGUAAGAAACGCAUGCAUGAUGAAAAGAAGAAGUCUAUCUGUGUAAAGAAAACAAUAUUGGAAAUGCGUUACGGACCUGAGGUGGCGGCAGCAGUUGCAAAUGAUCCAGCAGCAGUCCACAAGCUUCAGGAACACACCAGAGAACACCACCAAUAUCACCACCACCAUGGGGGCAAGCUUCCCAUGUCCACAUCUUCUAGCUCUGGAAUGCUUCACUCAGCUAACACUACUUCCUCAAGACUUUCCUCUAUUCCCCAGGUGGAAAAAAUGGCCACUGCCUUCUCAGAAGCCAUGACAAGUAAAGCAAACUACAUGGAUAUCAGAAGUGGAGGGGCAGGAAUUGAGAGGCUCGGAGGAGAUAGUGGGCAUGGAGGUAUUCGUGGGGAAGAUUUACGGGACGAUGACGGCACUGAUGUUGGGGAUGACUCAGAUGACGAUGGACAUGGCUCUGCGUCAGAGAUUUCGACCAUAGCCAUGGAGGUGGACAAAGUCAACCAAAUUAUAAACAACUGCAUUGAUGCGCUGAAGCUGGAUGCAGCAGCUGUUGCUACUUCGGGCUCCUCCCCAAAUCCUACAAAGUCCUCCAACCCUACCUCCCCACCCCCAAACAGCACCGCCACUAUUACUCGUGGCUUAAUAACACUUUCUCAAGGGAUGACUGAAUCAUGCCACGUUAACAAAAUUCCACCUCCACCGCCGCUCCCACUCCCUGCUUUGAAUACCCCACUUUCUGAGCGCCCAGGGAUCAGUGGUGGUGGAUUUGUUGUUACCCCUCCCUACAGGCCGCCUCCACCAGCCAAUGCCGUACGCCCCAUUCAGCGGCAAAUGAGUGCAGAUGCAGCUGUGGUAAUUGUAAAUGCUGUCAAGAAACAGAGCAGCACCGCCUCUUGCGGCUCUGUGGGUUGGGAAAGGGAACGUGGAGGGGCUCGUGUCUAUAGCCUGGAUGUUCCAGAGCCAAGGAGUCCAGAUGCCUGCAAUCAGCAACAACAGUACCAAGACCGCGCCAGUCCUGUGGGCUGCGGGGAACCCCUGGAAAGAUUGCCGUUAGUGGGGAGUAUGAACUGCACUGGAGGGGGUGGCAGUGGUUGCGACAGUGGUGGUGUUGGUGCCCAACAUCAAGAAAACCAAAAUCCGCACCAUUACCAACAACAGACACAACAACAGCAGCAGUUGGAGGUGCAGCAGGACUACCACUGUUCAGAGCACCGCCACUCUGUCCCAGCUCUUUACUAUGAUGGCUCCCAUCAGGGGUCCCCAGCCCAGAAGGUUUCCUUCCUGAAGCCUCUGUCGCGCUCCCGUAAGGAUGCAGCAUCUUAUUCCCAGCUUUCGCCAUCUCGCCACCAUUCCAGUUACUCUGGCUACUCCUCCAGCCCAGAGUACUCCUCAGAGAGCACACUGAGGAUCUGGGAGCGCUUUCGUCCCUACCGUAAAGGCCAGCGUGAUGAGGCCUGUUACGUAACGGCCGGUAAUGCCCUUCGAAAAAAGGUGCAAUUCGCUAAAGGUGAGGACCUGCAUGACAUCCUGGAUUACUGGAAGGGUGUGUCUGCACAGCAAAAGCUUUGACUGGGGGACCAGUAUUGAGCAUUGUGAGGAAAAGAGCUUGUUUACUUCUGGUUUUAAGGUGCCCUUUCUGGGCUAGGAGAAAUUUCUUAAAGGGAAGAAAUGUGUUGGACACAGUUUUGCCUUUUAUUUUUUUUGGCAUGCUCAGUGUUUAGAGUAUUGUGCGUCAAGCACAGACUGUGCAACUGUGCCUGGGAUACCUGGGAUAUACUGUAACUCACUAUGGUCUUUUAUUUUACACUUCAUUGUAGCACCAUUUCCGGAUUAUUCUAACAAUUGCAGGUUUUGUUUAUCUCACAGGGAGCAAAAGCUAACUGUGCAGUCUAGUAAUAUUUGUGCGGUGGUCACAUUUUGUGAUCUUUUAGACAGUACUUACUCAGUGCCAUGUUUUUAGUCUUUGGGACUGAAAUGUAAUAUAAUUUGUAUCUGAGAGGGUGGCUCCGUUGGAGCUGUUGAAAUGUGAAUUAUUGACAGAGUCAAAUACUGGCUCACCUUCUCCACCACUAGAUACCAGAUGGGGCAGAUAUAUUGACAUUUGCAAAAGCAGCUUCCACACAGCCAAAAGUACAAAUGUUAAGUGGAACCUGCAUCAAAACUUCACGAGAGAUUAAAUCAUUGCCAGAAACAUGGUGGUACACCACAUUUUUUUCUGAUUAAUGCAAUUUUAUGCUCAAAUAAAUGACAUAAAAAAGAUCCCAUAUUAGGGUUUGGUGAUAAUUAAUGUGAAGGAAGGUUGGAUGAUUUCAGGAAGUAAUUGUGAAGGAAAUCCGAUUUAAGCAAAUUCAAUGUAAGAGGACACACUGUACAAAGUUGAAAAAACAUUCCAAAUCCUUUGAUAUUUAAAUUAACAAAGUGAUACGACCCCUUUUCAAUUUACUACCAACAUUUCUCUUCUGUUGUGGUUAUUUUUGUGUGUGUGUGUGUGUGUGUGUGCGAGUGUGUGCGUGCGUGCGUGUGUGGUCAUGAACGUGGGUGUUGGCAUGCCUUGUCAGAUUUGAUCAUCUAUGCCCAAAUUGAUUUUAAUGAAUACUUGUGAAUAUCCUAUUAAAUAAAUGUCUGACUAUGUAUAAUUCUUUCCACAUGACGAAAGACAUGGAUGAAUGCACAAAGAACAGCAGUGUUAUUAUGUGUUAUUUUCCAGACAUACAUUAUGACACGUCAUUAUUCUAAAGUAGCGCAGUGCCUCUUGCUACUACAGCCAUCAUCUCAUUUAUGUACUGAAAGUAUUUUCUUUAAUUUGGCCUUUUCCAUUACAACAAUCUGUGUGGGAUCUCCAAUCUGCCUACCUAAACUGCUGUGAAAUUAUGUAAAUUUUUUGGGCUCUUUUUUUCCCUACCCUCAAAUGUGAAAACUUAAGUGAUCCUUGCCUCCCAUUUGUAUUUAGGGCUACACUGGAAACAAAUAUGUUGCAGAGGCAUUUCUAAAAUCAGGUCUUUCUACACAAUUAAUCAAUGCGUGUCAUUCAUAGCACACCACUCUUCAAUUUCAUGCAACCACAUGUUGAUUGUAUAUAGGAGUUGUAAGGGAGUAUGCUUGGGAUAGUUUAAACUGUGAGCAUAUGUUAGUAUAGAGCAACAUUUUUGUGUAUCUCUAUUUGGUUCUUUUCCAUUUUCUUUUCUCAAUUUCGAUCUUUCUUUAACCUGACCAAAAAAGAAUAGUAGGAUUUUGUACAAAAGGUAUUGCACUAUAAUUAAUACUACUUCGAGUGUAAGCUUGAACAGAAAUUUGACAUUUUGUUUAGUUUGGUAAAAAAAAUUAACGAUCAGUUGUUAUUUUUAAUGGAAUAUUUAAUAAAAUGUUUUAACCCCCCCCGUAUUGAAUGUUAGGCUGAGCAGAAUAAAGCUCUGUUGUUGGGUACUAAUAUUUUGCAUAACUUCUUUACAAUCUUCUACAAAAUUAUCAUGAGAACACAUCGCUUUCUUUGCAUCAGUUGCCAAAUUAAGACUUGCAGGCACAGUUAGCGUGCAAGAUAUUAUAGAGUCAGUUCAAUACUAUACACCUACUUUGGCAUAUCAUGGAAAAUGUUCACUGUCUGAUCUGCUACUAUGAGAGAAAGUUGCCCAGUUACUGUGAUUCAAAGCCAAUUUUCACUAUUUGAGAGGACAGUAUUUCCUUAUUUGGUGUUGAACUGUUUGACUACUAAAACAAUAUGAAAGAACUGGAGUAUAAUUAUCAGUAUGCUCUCUUAACACAUUCACUGCCAUUGACGGCUUUAGAAGUCAAAUAUCCAUGUUAACUGGGACGGCUGACAUUGAUUUAAUCACUUGUGUCAGGAUUGAUCUUUAUUUGAACUGCCAUCAAAUAUUACAGCUUGGUGAUACUGCAUCAAUUACUUUUCUGUUUUAUUCAUAAUGUGAAAUUCUUGUAUUGAUGGUAUCGAUAUGAGAACAGAUGUGUAUUAAAGUGUUCUUCUGCUCAAUGAUUUCCAAAUUCAAACCUUUUACUGAUUGAUACAGCUUUUAAUUUUUAAUCACAUUAAAAGCCAGUGUUUCUUAUGUGUCAAAACCAGUGCUUUUGCUCAAAUG